AUGUCUUUGUGCAUAUCUAUCUAUCUAUCUAUCUAUCUAUUUAAGUCUUUGUUCAUAUCUAUCUAUCUAUCUAUCUAUUUAAAUCUUUUCUUUGUUCAUAUCUAUCUAUCUAUCUAUCUAUUUCAGUCUUUGUUCAUAUCUAUCUAUCUAUCUAUUUCAGUCUUUAUUCAUAUCUAUCUAUCUAUCUAUCUAUCUAUUUCAGUCUUUGUUCAUAUCUAUCUAUCUAUCUAUUUCAAUAUGAACAAAGACUAUCUAUCUAUCUAUCUAUCUAUCUAUUUCAGUCUUUGUUCAUAUCUAUCUAUCUAUCUAUCUAAGUCUUUGUCCAUAUCUAUCUAUCUAUCUAAGUCUUUGUCCAUAUCUAUCUAUCUAUCUAUCUAUCUAAUCUUUGUCCAUAUCUAUCUAUCUAUCAUCUAUCUAUCUUCAAUCUUUGUCCAUAUCUAUCUAUCUAUCUAUCUAUCUAAGUCUUUGUCCAUAUCUAUCUAUCUAUCUAUCUAUCUAAGUCUUUGUCCAUAUCUAUCUAUCUAUCUAUCUAUCUAUGUCUUUGUCCAUAUCUAUCUAUCUAUCUAUCUAUCUAUGUCUUUGUCCAUAUCUAUCUAUCUAUCUAUCUAUGUCUUUGUCCAUAUCUAUCUAUCUAUCUAUCUAUGUCUUUGUCCAUAUCUAUCUAUCUAUCUAUCUAUGUCUUUGUCCAUAUCUAUCUAUCUAUCUAUCUAUCUAUCUAUCUAUCUAAGUCUUUGUCCAUAUCUAUCUAUCUAUCUAUCUAAGUCUUUGUCCAUAUCUAUCUAUCAAUCUAUCUAUCUAUCUAUCUCUGUCCAUAUCUAUCUAUCAAUCUAUCUAUCUAUCUCUGUCUUUGUUAAUAUCUAUCUAUCUAUCUAUCUAUCUAUCUCUGUCCAUAUCUAUCUAUCAAUCUAUCUAUCUAUCUCUGUCUUUGUUAAUAUCUAUCUAUCUAUCUAUCUAUCUAUAUAUAUAUAUAUAUAUAUAUUUCAGUCUUUGUUCAUAUCUAUUUAUUACAGACUUUCUUUCUAUCUAUCUAUUUAUAUGUCUGUUUUUUUAUCGCAAAGAAUUUUUCUGUAUCUCAUUUUAUACUUUCUUUCUUUCUUUUUUUUUUUUUUUCAUUUCUUUCCUUGUCUUCCAUAUUUAUCUUUUGUGUGUGUGUGUGUGGGGGGGGUUCUUUUCAACUUGCUAUUCUUUUUCCUUCUCUCUUCUUUUUCUACUUUUGUCUCUUCUUUCCAACUAUGCAGAAUCCUUUUUCUUACUUCAUUUUUUCUUUUGUCUGACCUCCAUUCUUUUUUUUUUUUUUGCUUAAACUACCUUUCUAUUUCUUUUUCCUACUUCUUUUCAUCUGCAACAAAAGAAAGAAUCACUUUUCUUUCUUCUUCCUUCUUCCUCCUUCUUUCGUCUACUUUCUGGGCUUUUCCUUCGCUAAAACUCUUUGCUUUCCGCCCACUCGUCUUGUUUUCUUUCAUCUAUUUUUGUGUCUUUCUUUCCAGAUUUCUUUUCAAGGUAGAAAAAUGCUGCUUUUUCUUUUCAUUAUAG